AUGGACAUUCUCGCCGACGCCCAAAAGGCUACACUUGUCGAACACGAGAUGGGCCUUCUACAGAGUCUCAAGGUGUAUCGCAAAGGGGCUCUCUGGUCUUUGGCACUGUCGACAGCGAUUAUUAUGGAAGGAUUCGACCUGAUCUUGAUAAAUAGUCUUUUUGGUUUUCCCUCAUUCCAGAGAAAAUUUGGUGUUCUUCAACCGGACGGGACUUAUGACUUGACUGCCGCGUGGCAAACCGGACUUGCCAACGGUGUCCUGGUGGGACAGAUCGUGGGUCUGUUCAUCAACGGCAUCGUGGCUGACAGAUAUGGGUACCGGAAGACCAUGGCCACGGCGCUGGUGGGCGUGGUGGCUUUCAUCUUCAUCAUUUUCUUUGCUCCCAACAUUCAGACGCUUUUGGUCGGAGAGAUUCUAAUUGGGAUCCCAUUCGGCAUUUUCCAGGCCACCGCCUGUACGUAUGCCUCAGAGGUUUGUCCCACUCAGCUUCGAGCAUAUUUGACGACAUAUAUCAAUCUAUGCUGGGUGAUCGGACAGAUCAUCGCAUCGGGUGUUCUCAAAGCAUUGGUCGACAAGACUGACGAAUGGGGUUACCGGAUCCCGUUUGCCCUACAGUGGAUUUGGCCGGUCCCGAUUCUCAUUGCAGUCGCUCUUGCUCCUGAAUCGCCUUGGUGGCUUGCUCGACAUGGUCGUAUACAGGAUGCGAGGAAGUCGGUGGUCCGCCUGACCAACACAAGCGCCCACCCGAACUUCAAUGUGGACCACGCUGUCGCGAUGAUGGUGUAUACCGACAACGUGGAGAAGGCAGUGUCAGCAGGUACCCACUAUACCGACUGCUUCAAAGGGACCGACUUACGCCGCACCGAAAUUGUCUGCGGCGCCUGGGCAUGUCAGGUCCUCUGCGGUUCGGCGUUUUCAGGGUACUCGAGCUAUUUCUUCCAGCAAGCCGGUCUCGACGCCAGCGACUCGUUCAGCUUAACCCUUGGGCAGUACUGCAUUGGCGCUGUCGGCGUUUUCACAUCCUGGUUUCUCAUGGGAUGGUUCGGCCGUCGUACUUUGUAUCUUUACGGGUUGGCAGCCAUGGCAGUGUUUCUUGCAAUAAUCGGAUUUGUCGGUCUCGCCGGAAGAUCAAACACGGGUGCGCAGUGGUCGAUCGGCGCGAUGAUUUUGAUCUUCACGUUCGUCUAUGACAGCACUGUCGGCCCAAUCUGCUACGCCGUGGUGUCGGAGAUACCAUCUACCCGCCUCAAGACCAAAUCGGUGGCCCUGGCGAGAAAUUCGUACAACAUUACAGGGAUUGUCAACAAUAUCAUCACGCCCAGGAUGCUCAAUCCUACGGCAUGGAAUUGGGGAGCAAAGUCCGGGUUCUUCUGGGCAGGCUCGUGCGUCCUGUGCUUCGUUUGGGCAUACUUCCGUCUUCCUGAACCAAAGGGCCGUACGUACUCCGAACUUGACAUCCUCUUCGAGACAAAAAUAUCGGCAAGGAAAUUCAAAUCGGCCGCCGUGGAUGGCUUCAGCGGAAAUGGCCGAGAGCAUCGAGAUACCAGUCCGCUCGGUAAAGUCGAAGGUGUCGAGGCCGAGAAGAUCUCGUAG